GCGCAUGUUCCCUGCAUUCAAGGUCCGAGUCAGCGGAUUGGACAAGAAAGCCAAAUACAUUCUCUUGAUGGACAUCGUGGCCGCAGACGACUGCCGUUACAAGUUCCACAACAGUCGGUGGGUAGCAGGAAAAGCCGAUCCCGAAAUGCCCAAGAGGAUGUACAUCCAUCCUGAUUCCCCUUCAACGGGUGAACAGUGGAUGCAGAAGGUGGUCUCAUUUCACAAGCUGAAGAUCACGAACAACAUAUCAAACAAACACAGUUUUACAAUUUUAAAUUCGAUGCACAAGUACCAGCCAAGGUUUCACCUAGUGAGGGCGAAUGACAUUCUCAAAUUACCCUAUUCCACCUUCAGGACGUAUGUCUUCAAAGAGACGGAAUUCAUUGCUGUCACUGCUUAUCAGAACGAAAAGAUCACGAGGCUAAAGAUUGACAACAAUCCUUUCGCAAAAGGCUUUCGGGAUUCCGGUGCAGCACGGAAAGAUAAAAGAAGACAAAAUUCUAUAUUUGGUUCACAUUCUUAUCAAGAAGAAUCCCUGACCGCCUCUCCUCCGGACGAUGGAAGGGGAGACGAAGCAGAAGACAGCAGUGAUAACGAAAAUGUUGACGUGGAUACUCCAGACAAUGAUGACCUGGAGUCCCAAACUCUACUGAAUGGCCACCAACAACCUCGCAGUUCUCCAGGCAGCAAUUCUUUGCGGAUGUUCGAUUCAGGCAUAGUAAGGGGAUCCCCGACUUCCCCACCAGGGUCCACCUCCCCAGCUUCCUCAGCUUCCACUGUGGAACAAAGGAUGUUACAUGAAAAACUGUUUGGAGGUUCUGACAUGGGAAAUCUGGACAACUUGCAGAAAUACAUGCCUCUACCUUACCCUCCGUCCUUCUAUACGGGACUUAUGGGUCACUUACCGUUCCUCAUGCCGAAUGCUUCAGGGGCUCAGCAGCAGAUGGGAAACCUCUUUCCUCAUACAGAUGGAGCCCAACUGGCAGCAAUGAGGCAACUCCAUGCACAUUUGGGGCAUAACCACAGACUCCUAGUGGAUUCUCUUCAUGAAGGAAUUACCAGUAGUCAAGAUCCAGGGGCAUUUACAAAUGGUGGUACUUUGCUAAAAAAUCCUAAAGUUCAUCGUUUUGCACCUUAUUCCUUACCCGCAGUGACGAGUGCAGAAUCAGCGUUUUACAGACUAGCAACUGGAGGGCAGCUGCCACCGAUUACAGUCAACAACGAGCCUGUGGCUCCAGAUUCUCCUAAAGUCUCACCAACCAAAGUCUGACCUCCUUUUGAUUUUAUGUAGGACAUCUAAGAUUUAUCCUUUGCCACGAAAGUUUGAAAUAACGGAGAAAUGGUAAAUAAGUAACCAGUAAUUGAUAAAUUUAUGAGUUUUGUUGUGAGAAAUGGACACAAUAAGAGGAGUGAUACUCCUGCUAUUCGCGUGGCAGACUUCUGUAUUUUUGGACUUGAAUAGGGGGCAUUAACUCUUCAAAGAAAUUCCAAAAUAGAUGAAUAAAUAAAUAGAAAACAUUUUGCAGCUCAAACUAUUAAAAAAAUCAUCCAAUUUUCAUAGCUUCCUAAUAAAAACCAUCAAAAGCUUUUGAAAAGAAAAUCUAUGCCACCAGUCUGUGGAAAGCAAAUAUGUGCAUCUUAUUUCAGAGUUACGGUGUAUCUAAUACCAAAGUUGUAUCAGCAUACUCGAAAACAUAGAAAUAAUUUCCUAAGGCUGAAGCUUAAGUGCAAUGUUUGCAUGGAAACAAGCAUGUAAACUGCAUCGAAAAAUAUUUGGUCCCUUGACUGUGAUAGAUAGCAAGAAUAUGACAUUAAUGUAAAAGAUACAAUGCCUGUGCUGGUCAUGGAUUUUAAUGGCAUUCAAGAAGCAUCCAUUGCAGUUUUAUAUGUGGUUAUUAAUACAGUAAACGAUAUUGUGAAUAAAUUUGCAGUAUAAAACCUUUAACAGAAAUAAAUAAUUUCUGAUAUAAAAACUUAUAAACUGAAUUAUAGUUAUAUAUUAUACAUACAAAUACAGGAAUCUACAAAUUUUUCAGUUGCAUGCAGCUUAAAUGAUAAAAAAUGCUUGGCACAGUACUAAAAUUUAGUACUAAUUUGAUACAAAUUAUAUAAAUAAUUAGUUUUCUCUAAUGUAAAAAAGUAAUCAAUAUUUGACAGGUCAAACAAAUUCAAGAGAGGCAAAAGGUGAAUAUAUAUUAAACCUCCGGUUGAAAGAUAUUCAGAUUAAAUGCUGCUUUUUUUUUUUUUUUUUUAAACAAUAAUUUUACUAUACGUUUCUAAAAUGAAAACUGUUAUUAAAACUCACCAUUCUAACAACACAAAUAGGGAACAUUUAAACUAUUAAAGUAUGAAGAAUUUAUUUUAUGUGUUAAUUCGCGAGUUAUAUACAAAUAAAAUCAAAUAACAAUUUUCCUUAAUUGCUUCUAAAACAUAAACCGAUUUCUUGCAAACUUUGAAAUCUCCCUUAUUAGUAAUUAUAUGUUUGAAUCACAGAUAGCUAAGAAAUUUGUAGACUUUUGUAUUAGCAUAUUAGUAUUUAUAUAUAUAUAUAUAUAUAUAUAUAUAUAUAUAUAUAGUACGUGUGAAAAGAUAAAUACUAUGUGCAAUUUUGUACCGUUUUUCACACACAUUGAGUAUUUUGAAUGGUGUUUUAUGAUCUCAUAUGGAAAAACGGUAACUGGAUUUCUAAGCCAUUAGUUAUUUUCUCUUUGUUUAAUUUAUUGUAAAUCAGUAUAUGCAUAGUUACCUUUUAUAGCUUUUGAAGUUUAUAUAAACAUAUUUAAAUUAUUUUUAAAAAGUUCAGCUAAGUGAAAAUCUUAAGCGAAAUAAAUUUAAAAACAUUUCAUAAAAAUUGUGCAAACUUUUCUUGAAAUUUUAAUUUUAAUUUUGU